CGUAUAUCUCCGGUUCAUUAUCAACGUCACCAUGGAUGCCACAAUUAGAACCAUUCUCGUCUUCAUGGCUGUGGUUGCAUCGACCACCACGAAGACCGAGACCUCACCCAACACGCCUACUUCUACGAUCGAUGACUGAACCUCGCGCUCGCCGCCUCAAGCUAUCGUUGGUACAACAACGAGUCAACACGGAGAAUAAUGGCUACUUUGCUCAUCUGCUUUCGCCUCUGGGGCGUCCAUGAUGGUGCAGGCUAUGUCUAUGGUGGAUGGUCGUGUCAAUUCGAAAGUGACUCAGCCCCCCUAUUGCGUCUAAGAGGUUGGCUGAGCUUGAUUGCCUGUUGCAUAUGGCAUUGGACAAGCUGUGUUCGGAUUGAUGAUGUUUUUGGUGCCUCCAAUGUCAAAAGCCGUAGAAUGAAGCAUGAAGGCUUGAUGGAGGGAAUGACAACCGAAUAGCAGAUAGCAUGGGGCACUGGUGACCUCGUGG